UGACCAGAAGGAGAAAAAACCUGGAUUGUGUCUUUUAAUUCAAAUGGAAUUGUGCGAAAAUGGUUCUUUAAAAAAGUGGAUCAAGAAUAGAAACUAUGUUUCAAGUACUGUUGACAAGAAUCAAAGCCUGCAGAUUUUUAAGCAGAUAAUUGAAGCCGUAAAAUAUAUGCAUUCACAACAACUUAUUCACAGAGACCUGAAACCUGCAAAUAUUCUUUUUACUAAAACAAUGGUAGUAAAAAUAGGGGAUUUCGGCCUGGUGACUCAAAUGACAAGGGAAGACGAGAGCAAAGCACGGCAGCGAACUCAAGGCACUGGCACACCUACCUAUAUGGCCCCAGAACAGAAAGAUGGAAGCCAGUAUGAAAAUGAAGUGGACAUUUAUGCAUUAGGUUUAAUAUUAGUUGAACUUCUUUGGAUAUUUGAAACAGGAUCUGAGAGAGGAAUUUACAUCAGAAGGAAAUUUCCCUUCGUUCUUCGCAUGUAG